ACUAAAAUAAUCAAAAAGUCAAAACAUUAUCAGCUGUAAAAAAAUAAAUAAAAGAAAAUUGGUAUUAUGAAAAUUUCAACGUAAAAUUGAAAAACUAAUGAAAAUGUGUUAUAAGAUUACAUUGUUGUACAAUAAUUAUUUACAUAAAUCAGUGAUGUUAAGUUGAAGUUUAAUACUCUUUAUUUUUGUUAUUGUUAUAUAAGUUUCAAUAUUUUACAUUAUUUUAAUAGAUAGAUGAUAGAAUUUUAUGAAAAUGUGUACAAUACCACCACCGCCUCCACCACCUACACUGCCCAACAUCAAUUCACCGACGAAUGUGCAGAAAAACGGACAGAUAAACGAACCGAGUUUUGAUCCAGAAAUAUGUACUUGGGCCUCUGAGCACCCGGAGUUAAGAGAAGCUUGUUUUAAAAACAAGAUCUGUUAUGAAAAACCUCCUUUCGCAUAUAAGUAUAGGUAUUUCGAGUCAAUAUUGCAGAUAGGUCCAACUUGUGGUCUAGUUGCUUUGUCAAUGGCAGUAAAUGGAGAGGCAUCACCAGAUGAAUUGUUAAGCAUCGCUAAAUUAGAAGGUUACACAAGCAACGGAGAAAUGUUCAGCUGUAAGAAUAUGGUGAAACUGACCGAGAAAGCCUUCAGUUUAGCAGAAGUAGAGGGUGUUUGCUGUACAUUGAAAAAAGGAGGUCUGUACAGCUCAGAGACUAUAAAAAGACUUCUCAAUGGUGCUGUCCUUUUAGUUCCAUAUGAUGCUGACUGUAAUCACUCGCCUUGCUUAAAGAACGGUCACACAGCUCACUGGGCAUUAGUAUGCGGCAUUAUCAUCAUAAAUCACCCUGGAGAAGACUUCAUUAGUGAUCAGAAAAAUGUCUAUGUACUUUGCAGACAUGGCAAGUCCAAAUAUGUAUCAGCCUGGAACUUAUAUGAUCUUGCACAGAGCAACAAUAAUCUAUACGAGUUUUCUCCAAAAAAGGGGGCUGAUGGGUUAGUCUAUGUCCUUCCUGAGGGGGGUAUAGGAGGGGAGAAUGGAUUGAGGGACCAAUUUUUAAUAUUCGAAGGCUAUUGAAUAUUUUAGAAUAAGCACAAAUGUUAAAACAUAUCUGUUUCUACUUUCUUUAUCACAUCCAUAAUAAAAGAUUUCAUUAUUGCACAAAAAGUACACUUGCAUAUUAAACUGUCAAACACCAAGCGGUCACCAGUGACCGCAACCUAUUGUUCUAUAAUUGUGUCUACAAAACCGGUACUCGACGAGUUAAAUGCAAUAUGCAAACCUACUUUCAAUACAUUGAAUACAUUAACAGAGGAUGUAGCAUAUUUUUUAAAGAAAUAAGUACUCAAUUAUAUUGACCUACAAUAAGAUUGAUUUCUUUUAAGUGAUUUAUGAUACUACGUCAUAUGAUACAUAUGAGUCUGUUACGGCCUAGUAGAAUAAUUAGAGAGAUGACGACCAAAAUUUUUGUCUCAUACCAAUAUGGCCAAAACCGUCUCAAAUCGAUAGAUACGAUUAUCCUGAACUCGAAAAUACCAAUAUCAGACAUUUUCCGCGUAGCGUUUG